AUGCCAAGUAAGGGACCUAAGAAUAAUCUAGCUGGAAACUACUCAAUCCUGGAUGUCUUGAAGAAAGAACUACUCAAGGAAUUUGAACGUGAUGAUUCCACUUCGAACAAGACAUUACAAGAAGACAUAAAUAAAAGUGACUACAAUCGACAGAGAUUUCAAAGAAAUGUGGACUUGAACCUUGAUGAGAAGAAGUCCUAUCAGAAAGUGAUGCAGGACCGAGCUCUAGAGCUAGAUGAGGCGAAAAUAAACCGUGAUAUUGCUGAGAAGGAGAAUAAUGUAGAUACUACAAGAAAGAGGAAGUUGAGUGCCAUACAAGACAGCAAAGGUGAUGAUACUGGUGAACUAGUGCCAUCUUCGUCUUCUGUACUAGCAAAAAGCUCUACAUUGGAAAAUGUGCCUAUUGUUGAAGGAGUGCCCUUGACUGAUGCCAUUUUGGAGAAGAUCCUACCACAGGGGUUCAUCCAGCUAAAACCUCCGCAUGAUUUUCAGCAAGAUGCACAAGCUACACAUGAUAUGAUUCUGAUAAGAAAUGAUUAUUACGUACCUCCAGUGAAUCAAUCCAACAAUAUUCCAGCCUCUUUGGUUCCGGCAGAAUUAGCGGGCUUUGAAGGUCUCGAGCACGUCAAGGAAGAAGAUGUGAAGCAUUUUGGACAUCUUUUGAAGCUAAAGGAGGAGGAUCUUGAAGAGGACAAGAGAAAGGAAUUCCAAUCGAUGAAACUUAUACUUAAGGUGAAAAAUGGUUCCCAAAUCACCCGGAAGCGAGCCAUGAGGUCAUUGACUGAAAAUGCAGUGAAAUUUGGGCCGCAAUUGCUUCUAAACCAGAUUCUUCCAGUUUUGUUGGAACCUAUGAUAGGUGAGCAAGAGCGCCAUUUAUUGGUUAAAUUGGUUGGUAGGAUCAUUAAUCAAUUAAACGUGUCAAUUGGGCCCUACACACAAGACGUGAUCCACGUUUUGUCGCCAUUCUUGAUUGACGAAGACUCGACUAUACGAAACGAAACACGGAAUAUUUUGACAAGUUUGACAAAGGUAGUUGGCUUUGCUACCAUGAUUUCUACGGUGAGACCAGAUUUGGACCAUGUUGACGAGUACAUGAGAAAUCUUACUUCAAGAGUUCUCGCCAUAGUGGCAAAUACCCUUGGCCUUGCUCAAUUCAUGCCUUUUCUAAAGGCUGUUGUCAAGUCUCGAAAAACCUGGACGGCAAAACACACAGGUAUCAAGGCUAUCCAACAGUUGUGCAUUCUUUUAGGUAAGGGGAAUGGGUCCCCAAUUUUGCCGCACUUGAGUCUUAUUGUCGAAACAUUGGCACCAGCAAUAAGUGAUGAGGUUCCUCAAGUCAGACGUAUCGCUGCAGCAACAUUUUCUCUGUUGGCAGAAACUGUGGAACCCUAUGGUAUUGAUGCAUUUGAGCCGGUUUUAGAGCGACUUUGGAAUGAGACACGGAAACAAAGGGGCAAAGGCUUGGCUGCAUUCUUGAAGUGCAUUGGCUCGCUAAUCCCACUUAUGAACUUUGACCCAAGAUACGAAGAGUAUACAAAUUUUUAUACGGCGGAGUUGGCAUUCUUGGUGUCGCAACAUUUUGCGACCCCGGAAGAAGAGAUGAGAAAGACCAUAUUGAAAAUUAUACUGAGCUUGCCGCUUUCAAAAGGUAUUAUACCCGAGUAUGAAAAAAAACUUGUGAAGCCAUUUUUCAAGGCUUUUUGGACCAGACGUACAGCUUCGGAUAAUGCACAAGUAACAAAACUUGUUAUCACAGCAACUAAUCAGUUGGCCUCCCAGUUUGACUAUAUAGCAAUUUUGGGCUAUGUCACACACUUUGCUAAGGAUGAGAACGAACAACUUAGGCGGUUAGCGGUUGAAGCCCUUUACACAAUUGUUGCAAAAAACCCGGAUGAGUUGAUAGAGGUGAGCCUUCGCCAAGUUGAAUCUUUGAUUGACGGUGUUCUAUUUGCUUUCCAAGAGCAGACUGUACAACUGCAUGUCUAUCUACAGGCAUUCAGUACGGUGGCAAAAGCUUUAGGUGUGAGGAUGGAGCCACACCUUAAUUCGAUCAUCAGUUCAGUGUUGUACCGAAUGAAGAAUAAGUCGCCGGAAGUGAGGCAGCAAUCUUCGGACUUGAUUGCUGCCAUUGCUCCAGUAGUCAAAAUAUGCUUCCAACAUGACGACACUCUAUUGGAAAGGUUGACAUUGAUAUUGUACGAAUCUUUGGGUGAGGUAUACCCGGAUGUGUUGGGCUCAAUAAUUAAUGCUUUGUAUUCUUGUGUCAAUUCUAUUGAUACAAACACGUUAUUGGAGAUGAAUAACCCAUCGAUAAACCAAAUUUUGCCUACUUUAACUCCAAUUUUGAAAAAUCGUCACGAGAAAGUACAAGAAUCAAGCAUUCGGUUGAUUGGGUUGAUAGCUACUAAAAAUGCAGAGACCAUAAACGCAAAAGAGUGGAUGCGUAUUUGUUUUGACUUGUUGGAAAUGCUAAAGUCAAACAAGAAAAGAAUAAGAAUUGCAGCAAAUGCAACGUUUGGCCAUAUCUCAAAAACUAUUGGGCCCCAAGACAUCAUUGUGAUGCUUUUGAAUAACUUGAAAGUGCAAGAGCGACAAUUGAGAGUUUGCACUGCUGUCGCUAUGGGGAUAGUUGCAGAAAACUGUCAGCCAUUUACUGUUUUGCCGGCAAUUAUGAAUGAGUACAAGACACCAGAGAAGAAUAUCCAAAAUGGUGUUUUAAAAGCGUUGAGCUUUUUGUUUGAGUACUUGGAUGGUAAUACCACAAAGGACUAUGUAUUCGCUAUAACGCCUUUGUUGGAAGACGCGUUGCUUGACAGAGACUUGGUGCAUCGUCAAAUUGCUGCCACUGUUGUCAGUCAUAUUGCUUUAAACUGUUUUGGACUGAACUUCGGUCUGGAUUAUGAUGAGGUGUUUGUUCAUUUGUUAAAUUUGAUUAUGCCCAAUGUUUAUGAGACAUCCCCACAUGUUAUUUCUAGAAUAUUAGACAGUGUAGAUGCAUUGAGGUUGGUUUUGGGAUUAGGGAUUUUCAUGAAUUACGUAUGGGCAGGGCUAUUUCAUCCAGCAAGGAAAGUUAGAGCACCGUUUUGGAAGAUUUACAACAGUGCCUAUAUUCAGUGUAACGAUGCUGUUGUACCGUAUUAUCCUAGUGUGCAGAACGUACUGGAAGAGGAUAGCGCUAGGUUUGCGAUUGAAGCGUUGGAUUUACGAUUAUAA